UGAACGUGGCGGGAGCUGAAAUGAAUCCGUGAAGUAAACAGAAGAGCUUGUGCUCUGCAGAGAAUUGAUAUAAGUCUCCACACAUGGUGUUUGGAUAUGAGCAGGCUGCGUUCAGCGAUGGUUAAAGGAAAGAGAGCCGGACUGGAGAUGGUGGAGACCGCGAAGACAAAGCGGAAGAGGUCAAACACAGCUGUGAAACAAGAGGAAACCUCGAAUGCCUCCUCACCAUCCACAUACCACACUUUCCCUGAUCCUGCUGAUGUGGUGCUGCUGCGCUCUCAGCUCCUCCGCUGGUACGACAAGGAAAAGAGAGAGCUGCCAUGGAGGACUCUGGCUGUGACAGAGUCAGACCUCAACAUUAGAACGUAUGCAGUGUGGGUUUCAGAAAUCAUGCUGCAACAGACCCAAGUGGCCACAGUAAUAGAUUACUACAACAAAUGGAUGAAGCGUUGGCCCACGGUGCAGGAUCUCGCAGCUGCUACACUAGAGGAAGUAAACCAGAUGUGGGCGGGUCUUGGCUACUACUCCAGAGGAAGAAGACUGCAUGAAGGAGCUCAAAAGGUGGUGUCAGAGCUUAAAGGGCAGAUACCUCGAACAGUCGACGGCCUUCUGAAACAGCUACCUGGAGUGGGACGCUACACUGCUGCAGCUAUAGGCUCUAUUGCACUGGGUCAGGUUACUGGAGCCGUGGAUGGCAAUUUGAUCCGGGUGCUGUGUCGCCUGAGGGCCAUUGGUGCUGACAGCACAAGUCCUGCAGUAACAGAGGCACUUUGGAGUCUAGCCAACACACUGGUGGACCCUGAGAGACCCGGGGACUUUAACCAAGCCAUGAUGGAGCUGGGAGCACGAGUCUGCACCCCAAAAGGACCACUGUGCAGCCAGUGUCCCGUACAGGCUCACUGCCACUCUUUCCGCAAGGUUCAAGUCAAACAAGAGACAAACUCCAGGAAGCUCUUGGGGAAGCUAGACAGGAAGUCAUCCACCCUGCCUGAUAUAGAAGACUGUAUGAACAGUGGGACGUGUCCACUGUGUCCCAUGGAGCCCUGGGACGAUGAGUUGGGAGUUCAGAACUUCCCCAGAAAGCCGGCGAAGAAGGCGCCUCGAGUGGAGCGAACUCUGACCUGUGUGGUGACGAGACCUGGCAAGGAGGGAGAGGAUGAAUACCUGCUCACACAGAGGCCGAACAAAGGUUUGCUGGCAGGCUUGUGGGAGUUUCCGAGUCUUCUGCAAGAGGAGAAGAGCUCUGAGAUGAAACAGAAGAGGGCGCUGUGUGCUCAGAUCAGCGGGAUACUGGGAACCCCUCUGACGGAAAGCCUCGUCCAGUAUGUGGGAGAGGUGGUUCACAUCUUCUCCCACAUCCACCAGACGUACAUGGUUCACAGUGUGUGUUUGAAGGAAGCUGACACACUAACACAGACUGAAAAUGCACAGUGGCUCACCAGGUCUGCUCUGCAGGAGGCGGCUGUGUCCACGGGAAUGAAAAAGAUUGUGAAGUUGUGCGACUCUGUAGACAGUCAAAAAGAACAAACCUCUAAGGAUGGAAAAAUACAGAAGCACAGCGGCACAAAGAGCAACAAGAGACCACAGACUUCCAAAAAACCCAAACUGAGUGCAGCUCACAGCAGCAGCAGACAGCUCUCCCUCAGCUCCUUCUUCAACAGCGUUAAAAAGGAAUCUUGAUAAUAUUGUUGUGUGUCAAAGUCAUACACAUGUGCCUUACUGCCAAAGCAUCACAGUGUGUUGCCACAUCAAGGUAUUACUGUGGUCCAAUCAAAUUAUUUUAACAAGAUCAGUUUUUAAAUUCUUAAAAAAAUGCACAUUUUAAAAAACGAUAUUGCUCCUGUGAUGUUCCUGUCGGGACUUUUAGUGAAUCAACAGUGUAGUUUGAUUUGUAAUGACCUCAUUGCAGAUAAUGUUUUUAUCACUAUAUUGUAACUAGUCUACGUCUUUUACAAGCAGCAUGUACGAUUCUUGUCAUGUUUAUAACCACAAUAAAAGUGUAAUGUUAGU